CAUUUUCUCUCAGCACUCGCUUCAUAGCUGUCGGGUCGCGGCCCUUCAUGCACGGACGAUCUAGCGAUGGACUGGCGCUGAUCUCGUGGAUUGCGCCAUCACUGGACCCAUUCUGCGCAUCUUCCUAUAGUAAUUACAGAAACGCACUGAUCGGGAUACAACACACGGGCUCUGAUCCCCGUGUCCACCAUAGAUCCAUUGGGAAAGGGACGGAGGUUGCUCGUAUAUCGCUCUGAUCCUCAGCGUGUGUCUUUGAGGAUUCGAACCUUAUAAAGGCGCAUCUGGGAACGGAAGAUCCAAGCAUCUUCUGCGCGUUUCUCUGCGUGUUUUAUCCACACACGGACACACUGUCACGGGAAUUAAGGACCAUACUGAGAUCACACAGCCCGAUGCUGUUGAGCGCAUCCGGAGUCGAUCAUUCCAGCGCUUCAUAAGAUGCGGUGUGUGUGUCGGAGAGGAACUCCAUGGCUCUAAGGUGUGUGAGACUGAACUUCAGCGAGUCAGUGCAGAGGUCAUCGGGGUCAUCAGUGGUCAUGUGGUCCACACACCUAUUUUUCCUCUUCACCCUCUUCACACCCGUCACACUUGUUUUAAGUCGUGCUCCGGUGCCGAUGGCUGUGGUGCGUCGAGAGUUGUCGUGUGAGGGUUAUCCUAUCGAACUGCGCUGCCCGGGCACCGAUGUCAUUAUGAUCGAGAGUGCCAAUUAUGGGCGCACAGAUGACAAGAUCUGUGACUCGGACCCCGCUCAGAUGGAGAACACUCGCUGCUAUCUGCCUGAUGCCUACAAGAUUAUGGGCCUCAGGUGUAACAACAGAACUCAGUGUGCAGUCGUUGCUGGUCCUGAUGUUUUUCCUGACCCGUGUCCUGGAACGUACAAAUACCUUGAGGUUCAGUACGAGUGUGUACCAUACAAAGUGGAGCAGAGAGUCUUUCUCUGUCCAGGUGUACUGAGAGGUGUUUACCAAAGCGAACACCUGUUUGAGUCAGACCACCAGUCUGGAUCAUGGUGCAAAGACCCCCUACAGUCAUCCAAUAAGAUUUACUACAUGCCCUGGACACCAUACCGUACAGAUACACUGACUGAGUACUCAUCUAAAGAGGACUUUAUUGCAGGUCGCCCCACCACCACAUACAAGCUACCGCAUCGGGUGGACGGCACGGGGUUUGUGGUGUUCGACGGUGCACUUUUCUUCAACAAGGAACGUACACGCAACAUCGUUAAAUUUGACCUGCGAACUCGUAUCAAGAGCGGAGAGGCGAUCAUCGCUAACGCCAACUACCAUGACACCUCGCCGUAUCGCUGGGGCGGGAAAUCUGACAUCGAUCUAGCAGUAGAUGAAAACGGACUCUGGGUGAUUUACGCUAACGAACAGAACAAUGGACGAAUUGUAGUGAGUCAGCUCAACCCAUACACACUGCGCGUGGAGGGGUCAUGGGACACAACCUACGAUAAGCGUUCGGCUUCCAACGCAUUCAUGAUCUGCGGAAUCCUCUAUGUAGUGAAGAGCGUUUAUGAAGAUGAUGAUAACGAAGCGUUGGGGAAUAAAAUCGACUACAUGUACAACACCGACAAGAGUCGUGAAACGCACCUCAACAUUCCCUUCCCAAAUUCCUACCAAUACAUUGCAGCUGUGGACUACAACCCCCGAGACAAUUUGCUCUAUGUGUGGAACAACUAUCACGUUGUCAUAUAUUCUCUUGACUUUGGAAACAACGACAACAGACUGGGAUUUGAUCCUCCUUCUUCAGUCCUGCUGCCUGAUGCGCUUCCUCCGGUACGAAGCUCAACAACUCCUCCUCGUCCAUAUACGGGCACGCUCCGCCCUUCUCUUACUACUACCACGACGACCACCAUGGCUCCGCCCCGCCGCCAUAACAACAUCCUCCCAGAAGCCCUGACACGGUCACCUCCGUCCCUGCAGACUCCAGUCACUGUUGACUAUUGCUCCCCACGUCUCACUGCCGAAAUCUCCUGGCCACGGACGCACCAGGGACAGGUUGCUAAGCAACCAUGCCCACCUGGCACCAUAGGUGUAGCCACGUUUAACUGUUUGCUUGGCUACUGGGAUCCAAAGGGACCCGAUCUGAGCAACUGCACCUCACCGUGGACCAAUCACAUCACCCAGAGAUUGAGAUCGGGCGAGACUGCUGCCAUAGUAGCGCUGGAGUUGGCUGAACAGACAAAGGGAGAGUUGCGACCCGGAGAUGUUCCCUCUACAGUCAAAGUCAUGGCACAGCUGGUGGAGUUACUGGACGUACAGCUGCGCAAUCUCACCCCAGGCGGAAAAGACACUGCGGCACGUAGUUUAAACAAGCUCCAGAAGAGAGAGAGAUCGUGCCGUUACUUCAUACAGGCAAUGGUAGAGACGGUGAAUAACCUGCUGCAGUUGCGAUCUCAGGCGGCGUGGAGAGAACUGUCCGUGGCCGAGCAGCUGCGGUGUGCAACAAUGCUGCUAGACACAGUGGAGACAGGAGCCUUCAUGCUCGCUGACAACCUUCUCAAAACAGACACCAUACAAGAGAGCACCGACAACAUCCAGCUCGAGGUGGCACGUCUUAGUACAGAUGGCAGUCUGGCUGAUCUAAGCUUUCCUCAAUCUGGACUAACCGGCAACUCCAUCCAUCUCUCAGCCAACACACUCAAACAACAAGGACGCAAUGGUGAGAUCCGCCUGGCACUGGUUCUCUAUAAGAACCUGGGCCAGUACCUGUCCACGGAGAACGCUAGUGUCCGACUGGGCAGUGAAGCGGCCUAUCCAAACUAUUCCCUGAUAGUCAACUCACCUGUUAUUACCGCAGCCAUUAAUAAAGACAGUAACAAGGUCUACCUGUCUGAACCUGUGGUCUUCACUGUCAGACACAUACAGCAAUCGGAAGAGAACUUCAAUCCGAACUGCUCCUUUUGGAGUUACUCCAAACGCACCAUGACGGGAUACUGGUCCACUCAAGACUGCAGACUACUGGGCACCAAUCGCACACACACUUCCUGUUCCUGCACACAUCUAACCAACUUUGCGGUGCUAAUGGCCCAUGUGGAGGUCAAGAAAGCGGACCAGGUGCAUGAGCUGUUGUUGGAUGUCAUCACGUGGGUGGGGAUCCUGCUGUCUCUGGUGUGUCUGCUCAUAUGCAUCUUCACCUUCUGCUUUUUCCGCGGUCUCCAAAGCGACAGGAACACCAUCCACAAGAACCUCUGCAUCUCACUCUUCAUCGCCGAAACGCUCUUUCUCACCGGCAUCAACCGCGCUGACCAGCCUAUUGUGUGCGCUGUGUUUGCGGCCCUGCUGCAUUUCUUCUUCCUGGCUGCGUUUACGUGGAUGUUUCUGGAAGGCGUACAGCUGUACAUCAUGCUGGUGGAAGUGUUCGAGAGCGAGUACUCACGCACAAAGUACUUCUAUCUCACCGGAUACGGAGUGCCUGCUAUUAUAGUGGCUGUGUCCGCUGCGGUGGACUACCAUAGCUAUGGAACAGAAAGAGUGUGCUGGCUAAGGUUAGAUACAUACUUCAUAUGGAGUUUCAUUGGGCCUGCUACUCUCAUCAUCAUGCUCAAUGUUAUUUUCCUGGGUAUUGCGCUGUAUAAGAUGUUUCACCAUACGGCGAUUCUUAAACCUGACUCUGGUUGCCUGGACAACAUCAAGUCAUGGGUUAUAGGUGCCAUAGCUCUGCUGUGUCUACUGGGUUUGACCUGGGCGUUUGGGCUAAUGUACAUCAAUGAGAGUACAGUCAUCAUGGCCUACCUCUUCACCAGCUUCAAUUCUCUGCAGGGAAUGUUCAUCUUCAUAUUUCACUGCAUCCUGCAGAAGAAGGUCCGUAAGGAAUACGGCCGGUGUCUCCGAACACACUGCUGCAGUGGAAAGAGUGUGGAAUCAACCAUCUCCACUUCAACUAAGACUAGCACAGCCCGCACACCUGGACGCUAUUCCACCAAUUCACAGAGUCGUAUUCGAAGGAUGUGGAAUGAUACUGUCAGGAAGCAGUCAGAAUCAUCUUUCAUCACGGCUGAUCUGAACAGCUCAGCCACACUCAACAGAGGUACCAUGGCUAACCAUCUCAUCUCCAAUGCUCUGUUACGUCCUCAUGGCACUAAUCCCUAUAACACACUACUUGGAGAGUCUGCUGUGUACAAUAACCCUACUGCCAACAUGUUCAACACGCAAGCCUCCUACAGAGAUUCAAAGAGCAUCCUCAAUAACGCACGAGACUCCAGCGUCAUGGAUACGCUGCCUCUUAAUGGUAACCAUGGCAACAGCUACGCCGUGACAGCAGGUGAUUACCUUACCUACAGUUCUCGUGGCAGCGAGCCGCCAACUACGCUUGAGAAAAAGAUCUUGAAAGAGCUGACAGCAAACUACGCUCCAUCGUACCUGAACACUCAAGAGCGACAGGGGAAAGCUCACCAGGGGACCUUAACCAACAAACUCAACAACCACCUGGCCAACGGCGGGGUCGCGGGGUCAUCUUCCAUCGCCAAGGAUGACGUCAUGGUGCUCGAUAACCCUGGAGCAUUUCAUCGGCACGAUGAUGGGGCUGGGUUAAGUCUAGAGCUCAUUAGGGAGGAGUCACAAGCACCGCUCCUCCCACCGAGACCGCCCCCUCCAGAAAACCAUGCCCCCUUGCACACAUUCUCGGCCCACCGCCGCCUGCCACAGGAGAACAGCGAGAGCUUCUUCCCACUGCUCCCUAAUGACACACACAAGCACUCCUCGCAUACGCACACUCCCCGCGUGCACACGCACUCCCCGCACUCCCCACCCAGAGACUCGCUCUAUACCAGCAUGCCCACUCUUACUGACCUCCCACAUGGCACUGAUGACCUCAUCAACGGUCUCCAUGAUGACGAAGACGAUGAGGAGGAUGAUGGCGAGGAGGAAGAGGGGAGUGAGCUGCACCUGGCCAACGGCAAAGGGGUUGUCAUGGAGACAGACGAUGUGUACUACAAGAGCAUGCCCAACCUGGGCUCGCGGAUCCACAUACAGGAACUAGAGAGCUACUACCAGAUGGGUCGGGGGGGCAGUGACGGGUUCAUCGCCCCGCCUGAGAAAGAAGACUCGUCGCCCGAGGAACAGCCACCCGACCCCUCACAGCUGGUCACCAGCCUAUAGACACUGACGCAUACAUACACACACACACACACACACGCAAGCAUUCUGACUUGGUGUGUGUGUGAGUGUGUGACACAAUGCACAAGGCAUGGGAUACACUACCUACUGCACUGAUAGAUCCCUAGAAAGACUGAUUCCAGAUAGCCCCCGAUUUCAGUAAAUACAAGUAUCCUGUACCAAACCGCACCAAAAUCAUGCAACCAGAACUAGUAACCCAUUCCUUCUCUAGAACAAAGACUACCAUGUGUAGGCAGGUCUCGUGGACAUUUUCUUGUGAUAUCUCUUUGCAAAUGGAUCUGCUGAAUGAAACUAUUCACAGACACAACACGCUAGUCAAUUAGGAGACAUGUAUUCCAGUCAGGCAGACUUUUUCCUCCCUGGAUCAUUUACAUAGCUCUCCUUAACCUCCAAAAUGGCCACUACAAAAUCCUUCAUCCGAUGGCUCUAAAGCAGAGAUGCCCAAACCAGGGCCUACGGGCCAAAGUUGGCCCAUGAUGACCUUUAAUUUGGCCCGCCUUGCCGUAUAUGCGAUUGACGCUUCUUUUCAUUGCAUUAAUUUAGCAGACUGCAGAGACAUUUUUUUUUAUUUUUUAUUUUUUAUAUUGAAAUCAUAAAGCAGGAGAAACAGGGCAACUUUCAUAUUUUAAUAUAAUGCAGUUUGCAGAGCCUGAAAUUUGGCGUGGGUAUUGCACUCAAUUUUAAUAAUUCCCACAAGUUCCACGUUCAUAAUGCAGAAAAUUCCACUUCACAUUGCAGCUGCGAAUUAGUAAACCAAUAGAUACAAAUAAACAAAUCAAAUCAAUAACAAUAACAAUAACAAAAACUCUAAUUCCAGAAGCUGCACGAGUAAAUCCGCUCUCUCUCACUUUCUCUCUCGUGCAGCAUUCAGCAGCGUGUUUGAGCAUUUUGAGCACUUGUUGAAUUUAGUGUAAGCGGGAGCAGUGAGGAAGUACUUUGUCACACAGUUACUGAACUUAAUAUGUUGCAAAUGUAUAAACCUUUCUAAACCUGUUAAUUUGACAUGCGAAUGGCAUUAUACAGCGUCUCCGCAAGCGAGCGACACGAUAAAACUAUAUUAUUCCUGUUUAUAAUCAACAAAGCUGUUAACAUGGCAAGCACCUCAUGGCGAACGCCUUUCAUAUCGUGGCACUCCCUCAUUAUUCAUAAUGCAGCACAUUUGCAAGAAAGGCAGAAAUAGCAAAAAUGCUUUGUGUACCAGCUGCAUGAUGAAGAGAGACACUGAAACACCUGUUACAUCUCUCAUCUCCAUCUCUAGUUCCAUCCAGGUUCUGGGCAAAAAAAAUUCCCUUGCAAUCUGAUAUAGUUCCAAAUGUAUCCAUCACGAUCAUUUGAAUUUUUGCUAAACAGUAUUUGUUUCGUGCCGUCUGUUGUUCAGAUGUUUGCCGAGACAUUGCCGGAAGCUCGUCGUGUCGUGCUCCCGCGCUAAAAAUACCAAAUGCUACAAUGUAGUUAGUAAUAAUAUUAACAAAAAUAAAAUCCCAUAUGAGCCAUGGAAGGGGGGAAUCCAAUGGGGAAUCAAAAAUGAUUUUCAGACCCUGAGUUUUUUAUAAUGCAACGUUUACUUUCGGCCCACGGCCCUCAAUCAAGUUGGAUUUUUGGCCCUUCGUAGGAAAAAGUUUGGGCAGCUCUGCUCUAAAGGAGUACGGCGAUGGGUGGAGAGCAUGUAAAUGCCAUUUUAGAGGACUGUGUAUGAUAAUGUGACCACCAACACAGACUCUGAACUCUUCGAUCAUACCGAACUGCAUUACCCACAAUUUCUCUAGACUUCUCUAUGAUUCUGUGCUGCACACAUUCCUUCUCGUUUAGCACCGAUCUUGUUUCUGAGUGUAAAAUCACACAGGCACAUCUAACCUUAAAGACUAAGGAAUGAAAAACAGCAGCUGUUUUUCAUAUGUUUAUUUUUCAGUAACAGUCUCAGUUAUCGAGAGGUUAUAUUCACCAAUUACAAAAUGGAGCCAAUGUUCAUGCAAAAUGUACAGACCCCUGAUGUUGCAUAUGAUCGUAUGCGUUUCAUGUUUUUGACAUAUUUUGCCCCUUGUAUGUGUUUUUGUAGACUAGACCAAUCCCAUGAUGCUGUGAUGGUCCUUCAUAAAACUAUCCCUUAUACCACACAGCACACACAUAUCAACAUGCACACACACACACACUCUCUCUCUCUCUUCUUUAUAGCCAAAAAAAACACUGUUGCAGCUCUCUUGUUUGAAAGGAUGACCAUUGCUCUCUCUUUUUUCCAAAUGCAACACUUUGUCAUUCUAAUUCUCACUGUGUUGAUUAUAUCCAAGAGACUCUGGGGAACCGACUGUUGUGUGAUGGACAGCUAUUGCAGAUAGGAUCCCAUAGCUGUCCAAGAUAAAGGCAUGUUGUAAUGUUAUAAAUUCUAGAGCGCUUACCCUUGAACACAUCACCUUGCGUGUUUAAGAGCAGAAAUUGGUUGAAGAAUUAUGACCAUUCCAAUCAAAUGAGUUGAUUGGAUCUCAUUGUAACCAGGCUAAAAUUGUUCUCAGGGGGUGGGGGGGAGGGGGGGUCUUUUAUUGUGAAGAUUUCACGUACCAAGUCUGUUUUUAACAGUUAAACAGUUUUCUUGUUUUUAAAAAAAAAAAAAAAAAAAAAGCAAAAAUCGAACAUUUGCGCCCAUUCACUUCCGUUGUAAGUGUCUCACUGUAAUCUCGAUUUUUGCUUUUUUUAAGAAAAGGAGGGACGAAUCUAAAUUCAUUUUUGUGGUGAUCAACAAUAUGCCACAAAUGCUGUCGACUGAGCUUAACUUGUAUUGUACCCGAAAUAUUCCUUUAAAUGAGUGCACUGCAGAAAUCAUGAUUUAUAAUCAUGCAGUCCAGAUGACGCAUGUGUAAACAAAUAAAGUAGCCCUGUAAAUGAACUACAGACUAGGAGUAUGGGACCUUAAACUGAGUGGUUUCGAAGAUGGCAACAGCCUUGUAAAGGUCGGUUUCUAAAAACUACUGUUUACUUGUUCUCAGACUGAGACUCCCUGUAGCUUGCACAUCUUUCCCUUGUUAACCCACCCUGAGAAAAUUGACUGCAUAUUUAUUCCUGUGAUUGUUUUUUUUUUUUAUUCUUUAUUUUCCAACAGAUCAGAAAUGUAGGAUCUUUGAGAGGGUCUGAAAAGAAUCAGAAUCGGCACUGAGACCUUUUUUAUUGUUAUUAUCAUCAAUAUUAUUAUUAUUACAAUAUCAAUGAAAUUAUUAUUUAUUCUUUUCAUAUGCAUUCCAAACUGAAUGAACUCAUAACUAAUAUUUGUUGUAACAGUGAAAGUUGUUUGCCAACAAAUAAAAUGACUGAAUUAAUAUUUACAAUA